GCGCAGUGCACGAAGAAGGGAGGAAAGAAGGGACGAAGGAGCCAUCACUCUGCUUCGCUCAUUCACAUCACACACAAACAAACAAACACAAGCACGGACACGCAGCAAGAUGAGCGGAGCCAUCAACGACCCCAACCUCAGCUAUGAGGAGACUGUUGACGCAGAGCUGCGGCAAGCGUACAAGGACUUUGAGCAGAUGGAGGCCGGCAACACGACGGGCUGGGAGUACAUGUUUGACGUGGAAGACUGGAAGCUGUAUCGACGCAGGAAGGAAGGAUCUCACCUGUAUGAAUACAUGACGUUUGGGCAUGGCCGAGACAUGGAGAUGCAGCUCAUGUAUCAGGUGUAUAUGGACCUCGAUUACACGAAGAUCUGGCACGCUUACUGCCGAGAUGUGAUUUCAUACGAGGCAGAGUUUGAAGGCGAGGCGCAGCUGUUUGUCGUCAAGUGCCCCUUCCCACUGGCUGAUCGCGAGUAUGCGUUUGUUCGCCACGCGCGCCAAAUGAAGCGCAAUGGCCGCCGCAUGUACUUGAUUCUGAGCCACACCGCCCGCGACUGCCUCACCAAUCCGCCAAAGACAGAGAGGGGCAUCGUGAGGAUUCCCGAGCACCGGCAGGUGAUUGUCAUGGAGGAAAAUCCGUCCGAUCCGCAGCGCCCGCUCAUCUUCAUGUACUACUUUGAUGAUCCUGGCGGCAGCAUUCCAAGCUGGCUCGUGAACUGGGUUGCCAAGACGGCGGCGCCGAAAUAUCUCUCCGGUCUCCGCACGGCCAUGCGCGGCUACCACACGUGGAGGAAAAAGUACAACAAGCCGAUUCCGUUUGUGGAGCCGCCCCACUGCGACCUCAGAGCCAACGCGAGCGAGGAUGCUGACGACUGCGACGGCGAUGACACGAACGGCGACAGCGGCGAGUUCGAAACGCCGCCCUCAUCCAUGCCGGCAUCGCACGAACAAUCGCAACCAACCGAGGACACCUCCAACAUUUCAUCAUCACCAUCGUCACCGCCAUCUUCAUCAUCGCCGUCGUCGUCCAAGGAUUCGCGACAGCAGAGGGCGCAGCAAACAAAGGCAUCAGCACCAUCCCCGUCACAAUCGUCAUCAGGUGCAACGCACACGCGCGGUCCACUGCACUCCGUCUCCUCCCCCGCCGUCGCGCCCAUGGCAACAGCACGAUCAUCAUCGUCGACACACGCGCACAAGCACACGCGCGAGCGACAGGCCGCCUCCACCAACACAACAGCAAGGGCGCCAAGAUCAUCAACUCCGCCAUCAUCAUCGUCGUUGUCCUCUUCGCUGUCAUCAUCAUCGCGUGCGCACCAUCAUCGCCACCAUCGUCGCAGUGCUCGGGAGAGCAGCAGUGCGCUGGGGCCGCCGCUCGGCCACCUCGCCUUUGUAUAG